UUGGAUGUGAAUCUUGAACAAGCGAAAGACCAAAAAUGACCAACAUCAGCGAUCAAACAGGUGAAUGGAUUUCUUGGUUUUUCAUUCCGCAAUAUGUAGUCCAGAAAUGUGUAUUUGUUACAAUUAAAAUAAAUACAACAUGAUCAUGCUCCUCUAGACCCACCUUAGAAACCAUGUUGUAUUUUAUCACUAUAAUGUUUUUUUGUUUGUUUAUAUAUAUAUCUUCAUAUUCUCAUUCUCCAGUUGACAGAGUUUUUUGUCUUUUUUUCUUUCCCCGAGGGCUCACUAGCUCCGGUCUAGCAGAAAACAAUCGGCUUUUGGAGACUGUGAAAGCAUCUGUCCACUUUGGAGCUUUCAUUGUCACUGGUCUCUUCGCCUUCCUCAUUAUAGCAACGGUGCGGCACAACCAGGAGCUGCGUCAAAACCCUCGUUACGUCCUGUUGUGUCAGCACUGCAUCUGUGUGUCCGGCUUCAACAUCAUGGGCGCAGCCGUGCACGGUCUCCGCGGACUGCGUUGGCCUAUUUCCCGAAUCACCUGUUGGAUACUCUUCGACCUGCAGGUGCUGAUGGCACGAGGUUUGAUGAUCACGCUCACGCUGAUGUCCAUCAGCACCUGUCUGUCAAUUUGCAUGCCACUCCGUUACCCCAUUCUGGUCCAGCGCUUCCACCGCUGGGUCAUGCUGGUGGCUUGCGUUCUCGCCCUGCUCAACCCCGUUGUCUUCACCGUCCUAGCUUGCGCGCAAUCUUCGCGGGACCACGUACUUGGGCUGGAUACUGAGUGCUCUACAGCUUUGGAAGGCACAGCUUGCAUUGCCAGCGCUUUAGCGUUGCUGUUAUUGCUGGCGCUGCUCAUCAUUGUAAGCUAUGUGGCGAUUUACCUGGAAGGUAGACGUGCUGGCCAUUUCACGCAAUCCAACAGUAAAGGUCGCCGCACCAUUCUCAUCCACAGCCUGCAGAUAAGCCUGCAUCUCCUGCCCUCCAUCAUCAUCAUCUCCCGGCAUCAGGAGACGCUCCCCGUGGCGGUGGUCAUUUUUGUCGUCUUCAGUUUUGCACAGUCACUGAGCCCUGUGGUGUUCGGCCUGCGCUGCAAAGAGCUUCGCGAGGAGAUGCAACAUUUCCUGCCUUUGUUCUGGGGAAACUGUUUUGGCUUUUGGUACAAUGGCAGCAUGGAAACCAUCAGCACUGGGACCAUGACCAGUGCAGAGACCAGAACCAGCAUUGAGACUAACACUUCCACCUGCAUCGCCACCAUCGUCACCCCAUCUGCCAUUGUCACAGAAUGUGAGGGUGAGAAAGAGAGGUCAGGCUUCAUAGAUGUAACUUUGUAAGUUAAAAACAAGUUGGACUUUGCAGUUGGAAACAAAAUAAGUCAUUUAGACAGUGGCACCUCUAUUUUAAAACAUAGAAUAGGGAACUGAUUUAUUCAGGUGUCUUUUUUAAUCCCAUGACAGAGAAUAAAAAAAUUAAACAACAUCAAAAUUUUGGGGUCAGUAUAAGA